AUGGCCGCCACGCUCGACGUUGCCCCCGGCCUCCGCGGCCUCCCCCGCGGCCUGCCCUACCACCAGCCCGUCGACCGCAAGGCCUUCCCCGACGGCCUGCGCACCAGCGGCCAGCACCCGCCCGUCGAGAGCCAGCUGCGCCCGUUCGAGGCCUUCCCCGCCGAGAUCACCGGCCCGACCGUCUGGGAGGGCAAGGACGUGACCGCGCGCCCGGACGAGUGGACGCACCGCUGGACCGAGGGCGAGCUUAAGGAGCUCCUCCAGGCCGUCGACGCCUUUACCAUCUCCGGCAUCCCGCUGGUCAACAUCAACAAGCAAAACUUUCACAUCCCCAACGUCACGAGGACGCUGCAGGCGGCCCGCCAUGAGAUCCUCAACGGCCGCGGCUUCGUGCUCUUCCGCGGCUUGCCGGUCGAUGCGUGGGGCCGGCAGAAGGCGGCGGUGGCCAUGAUGGGCAUCUCGGCGCACCUGGGCUACCUGCUGUCGCAGAACAAGCUGGGCCAGGUGCUGGGCCACGUCACCAACCUCGACGCCGACUACAAGAACUCGCUGGACAAGGUCAAGAUUGCCGCCACCAACGCCGCCCAGCUGCACCACACCGACGAGGCUGACAUUGUCGGGCUCUUGUUCUGCGCGCCGGGCGAGUCGGGCGGCUUGUCGGGCUGCGCGUCGGCGCACACGGUGUGGAACGCGCUCGUCAAGGAGCGGCCGGACGUGGCCAAGCUGCUGGCCUCGCCCGUGUGGUACGUCGACCGCAAGGGCGAGGUCACGGCCGGCCAGGAGCCUUGGAUCAAGGUGCCCGUCUUCUACCUCGAGCCGGGCGGACAAGAGCGCGUCUACGUCAAAUGGGACCCGUACUUUGUCAAGUCCCUCACGCGGUACAGCGACAAGGGCCUCAUCCCCGCGCUCUCCCCGGCGCAGCUCGAGGCCAUGGCGGUGCUGGAGGAGACGUGCGUGCGGCACGGCUUCGAGUACGCGUGCGACGUGGGCGACGCGCAGUUCGUCUCGUGCUGCCAGACGUUCCACUCGCGCACCGCGUUCGUGGACGCGCUGCCGCCGAAGCCGCCCCGGCACCUGCUGCGCACAUGGGUCGGCACGCCGGAGCACGAGGGCGGCUGGUGCCUGCCCUUCCACGACAGCUUCCACCCGAAGCGCGGCGGCAUCCAGCCAGCUGCAAGGCACGUCCACCAGCAGGUUCACGACGAGGCGCCCGUCGGCGAGCAGCGCUCGGUGUCUUUGCAUCAAACGCAUCUCGGCCAACUAUUGAGUUUCAUGCAAACUACUCCGUAA